UAUUUGUAAUAAGAGGCGAAGUCGUGGUGGAUCACCCUUACUUUUGAGUAGGUUUCCUCUGGAUUCUGACCGUUGUCGAAUGUGGGUUAAAAAUGCUGGCAUAGAAGACUUAGCAUAUGUACCUAUUGAAAAGUUACACCAACUGAAGUUUGUUUGUGGUGGGCACUUCACUCCUGAAUCCUUCAAUGCCAAAGGAACUCGGCUGAAGAACUCAGCUAUUCCAACACUGGAAUUGAGCAAUCCCAUCUUGCCAGAUGAAGUUUUGACAGAGUUUCCUCUUCAUGUAAAAGACUCCAAUAAAGAAAACCUCAAGACAGUUCUUUAUGAUCAUUCAUAUUGCAUUCCAAAGAAGUCAAAUCCAGUUGAACGAGUUCCCCUUACAACUACAACCAAACAACUAAAUUCAACAUGUUUGGGAGCUGUGGAUAUACCAGAUUCUGGUAUUUCUGUGAAAACAACUUUUGAACCUCUUCCUUCUACUUCCAAUGCACCAGAACAUAUGACCUAUAAACCCAUUACUCAUGAUGAUAAAAACAUUUGCCAUCAAGAUGCACAGGCAGAAAUAUUAGUCCACAGUUAUAAAAGACCUAAGAAAAACAUUGAAAUGAAAGACACUUCAUCAACAUUUACAAUUAAAGAGAAGAGGCUUUGGCGACAGUUACAAAAUGCAAAAAAAACAAUAAGGAAUAUAGCGAAGUCAAGAGUGAAUUUAGACAAGUUAGAUUCGGAAGUGCUGACAUCAUUAGUAGAGGAUGAUUAA